GACCGGAGGUUUUUACCGAACACUCUGUACUCAGUGAAAUGAACUCGCUGUUAUUUUCCCUGGUGAAUCUGAACUGUGUUCUCACCCACAGAGCCGAGGAUGAAUCCAGCAUGAUCAGGACCGAUGGCCCCUGCCGGACCGAGGAGACCCGGGACGCCGGGCGGAGGAAGAAGCGGUCACCGGAGACGCUGCACCUCCUGAUGGCCGUGGCCGUGUGGCUGGUGACGGGCACCACCAUCUCCAGCCUGAACAAGUGGAUAUUCGCCGUGUACAACUUCAGGUACCCGCUGCUCCUGUCCGCCCUGCACAUGCUCACGGCCAUCGUGGUGGAUUACGGGCUCAUCAGGUACUACUUCGUCCGGUCCAAAUGGGUCCGGGGGCAGGAACUGACCUCCAGCGCCAAGUGUAAAGUCUUCCUGCUGAGCCUGACCUUCUGUGCCAGCAUCGCUUUCGGGAACCUGGGACUGAACUACGUGCAGCUCUCCUUCGCCCAGAUGAUCUACACCACCACGCCCAUCUUCACCCUGGCCAUCUCCUCUCUGGUGCUCGGCAAGCAGCACCACGUGCUCAAGUACACCGCCAUGAUGCCCAUCUGCAUCGGGGCGUCGUUCAGCAUCAUGGGCGAGGUGCAGUUCGACCAGACCGGCUGCUUGUUCGUCGUGGCGGCCACCAUGCUGCGGGGGGUGAAGAGCAUCCAGCAAAGUAUUUUACUCCAGGAGGAGAAGAUCGACUCGGUCCUCCUGCUCUACCUGAUGGCCAUCCCCAGCUUCUGCAUCCUGGCCGUGGCGGCUCUGGUGCUGGAGAACUGGGCGGGGUUCCAGUCGCCGCUGCACUACGACGCCCACCUGUGGGGCUUCAUCGUCCUCAGCUGCCUGGGUUCGGUCCUCUAUAACCUGGCCAGCUGCUGCGUGAUCAGCCGGACGUCCGCCGUCACGCUUCACAUCCUGGGGAACCUGAACGUGGUGGGGAACCUGCUGCUCUCGCAGCUGCUCUUCGGCAGCCAGUUCUCGGCCCUCAGCUGCGCCGGCGCCGCCCUCACGCUCUCCGGCAUGCUGGUCUACCAGAACUCAGAACUCAUCGCCUCCUACCUGGACGGCUGCCGGGCCAGAUGGGCCAGGGGCGAGGCGUCAGAACCAGAUUCUACAUCCACUUUGGAACCCGGUUUAGAACAGGAACCGCUUUUGGAGCCGUAUUUAGAACAGGAGCCAAAUUUAGAACUGUAUGAUGACCUAGAACCCUGGACGGAACUCUGUGAUGACCUAGAACCAUCGUCAGAACCCUACCACAGCCUAGGAACACCCUUAGAACCACCUGAGGAACUGUACAAGGACCUAAAAUCAGCCUCAAAACAACCUCCAGCACUUGAGCAGGAUCUAGAACCAUCUUUAGAACUGUAUGAUGACCUAGAACCAUGGUCGGAACUCUGUGAUGACCUAGAACCAUCGUCAGAACCCUACCACAGCCUAGGAACACCCUUAGAACCACCUGAGGAACUGUACAAGGAUCUAAAACUGCCUUUGAAAGAACCUCCAGAUAUUGAGCAGGAUCUAGAACAAUCUUUAGAACUGAAUGAUGACCUAGAACCAUCGUCAGAACUGUACCACAGCAUAGGAACACCCUCAGAACCAUUUGAGGUACUGUACAAGGGUCUAAAAUCAGCCUUAAAACAACCUCCAGAACUCAAAGAUCAUGUAGGAACGUCCUCAGAACAGUAUGAUGACCUAGAACCAUCGGCAGAACAGUAUGAUGACUUAGAACCAUCGUCAGAACUGUACCACAGCAUAGGAACACCCUCAGAACCACCUGAGGAACUGUACAAGGAUCUAAAAUCGCCUCCAAAACAACCUCCAGAACUAAAUGCUGACCUAAAACCACAUCCAGAACUCAAUUGCCAAUUAGGAACGUCCUCAGAACUGCAUGAUGACCUAGAACCACCUGUAGAACUGUACAAGGACCUACAAUCAGCCUCAAAACAACCUCCAGAACUUGAGCAGGAUCUAGAGCCAUCUUUAGAACUGAGUGAUGACCUAGAACCACCUCAGGAACCAUCAGAGGAACUUAACUCUGACCUAAAACCACAUCCAGAACACGAUUGCCAAUUAGGAACGUCCUCAGAACUGUAUGGUGACCCAAAGUCAUCUUCAGAAUCAUCUCUAAAGCUGUGCCACGAUCUCGAACCAUCUCUGGAACUGUACAACGACCUAGAACAGUUCCCAGAGACGCCUCCAUCACCUGACCUAGACCCAUCUUCAGAACCAUGUUCGGAACUAGCCGAGGAUUCAGGACCAGCUCGGUUUCUAGACCAGGAUCCGGACCUGGCUGAUGAUCUAAAGCAUGAUGUAGAAGUCUUUACAACACAAUCACUGGAACCACGUUCAGAAGCACAAACGGAACACCCUCCAGCACCAAGCAAUACACUAGAGCCGUCUUCAGAACUUCCAGAAUCAUCUAGAACCGACGGUGGAGAACGUGGUUCAUCAUCAGAACCUGGAGCAGAAAGCAGGACAGAAGAGCAGAACGAUGAGAAUUCAGACUGAGAACUGAACCAUGGACGUCUGAAGAUGUUUGAUCUGGAGGUUCUGACGGUUCUCCUGAGCCCAGACUGUGUGAUGGUCGGGUUCUGCUGGUGCUUCCACGCUGAUACUGUGCCAGUAUUUAAUCUGGAACUGGUCCCAGUUCUCAGCGGGCAAAACGGACCCGUAAUUCGUUCCCAGGGCCAGACGUGAUCUCUAACAAGAUUAGACGGCUAAUAGCGGCGCUUGGGUGGCGCGAACUGGUCCCACCGCCACCCUGACCAGGAUAAAGCGGUUGAUGUAAAUUAAGUGGUGGGAAAUUUGAGGAAAAAACUGAGAAAUUGAAGCUGCAACACGAGCGGAAUCAAAGUAAACGAUGUGCAAAUAGGCUUAACGUUUGCUCUGAUUCUCUCUGCCUUUUCAAUGCACUUUGAGCACAACUCAAAUACAACUACUGACUGUAACCCUGAGUAAUGAUCAGCACGCUAGCCCACCAGUGCUGAGAUCUUGUGGGUGCGAAUCCCAGCUGUGCUAUCAGCCGGCCGGGCACCUGCACAGGAGGAGGGACGACAACCGAAGCAGGGUUCCUCCUCACUGGUGCAAGUGCUGCUUCUGCUGACCGAUCUAGGCUGAUCACGCAUGGCCACGCCCUCUGUGAGACUCCGCCCCUGGCAGGAGAAAAGAAGCGACCAGUGGCGGCAGCAACGAGAGAGAGAGAAGCUCUGAUUGGACAAUGUUUAGCAUCGCUCGUGCAAUAAUUAAACAUAAUUGCUUCCCGCCGUGAAUCUUGUUAGCGACGUCUGGCCCUGCUAGGCUAACAACAACGCCGCUUCUGAGCAGCUAAUAUUUGUGCACGGUGAAUAAAAAGAACCUCAAGACUUGGGAACGUGUUUCCUCCACUGUGAAGCUCUGAGCUGAGCGGCCGCGGGAUUCUGGGUAACGACGCCGGACCCUCCGAGCACUAUAAAACGGAAGCUGAAGCUCCAGGCAAAGUUUUUCCAGGCAGCUGUUGUGUAAGAGGUGCCGCGUUUCGUCUGUUUUGUUGUUGUUAAAAUAUUGCCAAAAAAUGAUCCCAGAUUUAGCGCUCAAUUAGGUCCCGACACGCCAGUCAUCUGCACCUCCGUGCUCCCUCUGCCGGCCAUAAAUGGCAAUGCAGACGGACAUGAUUCUGUAACCCAAACCCUCCUGCUCAUCUCGGUAGAUUUAAGUUACAUCAGUCUUAAAUACUAAACAAGCAAACCUCCGACACCGAACGUGUCUUGGCUAAUCAAAUACACUGUGUCCAAAAGUAUGUGGACGCCCCUUAUAAUUAUUUACUUAAUUAAGUUUGGUGUGGAGGAACUCCAGGGCCCUUUGGGAUCCAGACUUUCUCAUCCAACAUCAUGUGGGCACGAAUUCCCCACAGACACACUCCAAAAUCAUGGUCACGCGUCCACUUUCUUUUGGGCCAACUAUUCCAUAUGGGAUUGGGCAUCCCUAGUUUGAAAUGUAUAUGGUGGUACACGUUAUGUAAUCCUCAUCACCGGGUUUAUUAUUAGACCUGGUCCAGGUCUCAGGGGAGACUGUGCCGUCCUUGGUACAUAUAGGACAGAAAUGACAUCAUUUAUCCUGGUCAGGGUCCUGGUGGCUCUAAGUCAUUGGGCGAAUGGAAGGGAACACCCUGGACAGGCGCACUCAUUUACUCACCUUCCUAACCGCUUAUCCAAUCAGGGUCGCGAGGGGGUGCUGGAGCCUAUCCCAGCUUUUCAAUGGGCGCAAGGCACACAGUAACAGUCCAUCACAGGGCACAUACACACACACACACCUAUUUACCUGAAGGGCAAUUCAGUGUCCCCAUUUAACCUGACUGCUUGAUUUUGGGCUGUGGGAGGAAACCGGAGCUCCAGAAGGAAACCCACACAGACACGGGGAGAACAUGCAAACUCCACACAGAAAGGACCCAGACUGCCCCACCUAGGGAUCGAACUCUGGACAUUCUUGCUGUGAGGCGUCAGUGCUACCCACUUAGCCACCGUCCAAUAUUUAUUUAAAUAUAUUUAAAUGAUAUAAACUUUCUACCACUGGUUCAACACUGCACGCCUUUGCCUUGCCCGAUGACGAUGCCAAAAUGUUGUAGCUAAAGCGUCUUCAGCCCAUUCACCUCACGUUUACGUUCACUCCCGUCCUCCGUCACCUUCACUGGUUACCAGUACCUCCCAUAUCAAAUACAAAAUCAUCCUCCUUACUGUGAAGCCCAUCAUGUCUGACCUGCGGCAGGUCCUUCAGUUCCACAGCCCCCAAACUCUGGAACUCCCUCUCACAGUGUCUUCAUGACUGCUCCUCCAUCUCCUCCUUUAAAUGCCAACUCAAGACUUUCCGCUUCGUCCCUCGUGGUUUAGUUUGUGUUGUUUUUCUCUUCUCCAGUAUUUGUUGGGUGUGUGAAAGACGCAAUAUAAAUUCAACCUAUUAUUAUUUAUAUUAUUUUUUUCCACCGAAUGUGGUUGAUUGAUCCCGACAUUUACUGUUUAUGUUCUGGACGUUUGUAGCUUCUAUGACUUGUUAGGCCUCAUAUCUUGGUACAGAACUAUAGAAACAGACUGACACCAGACACAACCUGGCUUAUAAAUUAUAGUAAAAUGAUGUUUGUUUGGCUGAAUUAUUACUUGAACAAUGUUUUUAUUUUGACUUUAUUUGCCUAAUAUUGAAUCUUUACUCGUUUUUACGUUCAGUAUUAUUAUUGACGUUUAUGAUAGUUUAUAAUGCCGAUUUAACUGCACUACAAUGUCGCCACCUGCUGGACGCUGAGUAGAACUACGCUUUCUUAAUAUUUAUAUUUAUUCUAUUUAAAUCAGGGUGAAAGUUACACUGGACAUGAUGAGAAUUCCACAUUAAAUGUUCUGUUUUUAUUUUUAAAGAUGACAUUAAUGGUUUUAAUGCUUGAGCAGAGUGAUGCUGACUGACGGGUGCAAGUUCUGUAUAAUUUAUUAACUGCAUGACUGAAUUUUGGAUUGAUUGUUAUUUUUGUGUGAUGAAAACACAGCCUGCAGAAAACGGUACAAUAAAAGACUGUAUUUUUUUUUCCAACUGAUUAUA